AUGCCUCCACUCCCUCUUGACGAGCGCAUAGUGGUUAUUCAGCACCCUAAAAACUUGGCCCUACGUGGGUCCUCCCCACAGACCACCCCACAGCCCCCCUCCCAUAUAACAGCCCCUAGCAACAAACCUCUCUCCCGCCCUUCUCAUCCCCACCCUCCUCAGUCCUACCCCAAUCCUCCCUCAUCGAACUCACUGUCUUUGGAAUGCAAGCGCAGAUCAUCAUCCCGUCUGCAGAAAACCAAAGGCGACAAGGCCAUCGUCUCAGAGGGUGUCAGACACACCCCUAGCCACUGUCACAGCAACGGGACCGUGACUCUUGGCCCUAGACCCCACCAACACACACACACCAUCGACAUCAAGUUAUCCGUGAACAAAGGAAUAAAAGGAGGAGGAGGGCACAGCAACUCUUUAGGUCGCAGUGGGAGUGUGAAGGGGAGCAAGAAAAGGGUCUCGUUACGCUUGGAUCCAGGAUACGGGGAGAAAAAAGCUGGGGGAACAUCAGGGAAGCCUGGUGGAGUAGUGCAGCAACUCCAAAACCACCCACAGAACAAGAGCAAGGCCUCACAAGGCAGUCACCAUCAGAAUCAUCUGUCAGUGUCCCCGGGAGGAGUCUUAGAGUUUGUCCCAUCCCAGAGACAGCAGUCCAAGUCCAGAAGAGAGAAGGUGCAGGACGUGUCCCCCAAAGUCUGCUCUGCCAGCUUCCCCCCCAGAGGUGCCCGGGAAGUGCCCUGCGUGGGUAACAAAGAGAAUUCCAAACUGGGACCUGUCCAUCAAAACCCCAACCCCCAGAGCCUGCCCUGCCACCACAACUCUGUCCCUGUGCCCCAUGCCGCUGUUCUAAACUCCCACUACCCUGCCUCCCCUCCCUCCCACCACCCCCGUGCUCCUACCUCGUUUCAGCAACCCCUCAACCAGCCUCGUCCAUCCCGCGGCAGGGACCAUUGUCCUCAGAUCCAUCACGGCCUACCCCUCUCCCCCUGUUCCUCCCGUGGAGGUUUCCCCAGCCCAGACCACACCUGUACCAUCGACUUCUCCCAUCCCUUCAGCUGUGGCUGCUGGAAGCUGGUCCGCUGCAGAGGGGGCAGGGGACGUUCUGCUGGCUGCCAGGGGGGUAGGGGGAGUCCGUCUUCCUCUUUUUCCUGUGCCCACGGCCACAGGGUUGUAGGGGUGAACCACAGAGGGGGCGCAGCAAUGGGAUUAAGAACUCUUGGGGGAUGUUUGUCCACAGCCUCCACCACCAACACCUCAUCCUCCAACAGCACUGUGUCGGACUGCCGUACGGGCUUGCUCAGACCCCUGCGAUGUGCCUCCUGCUCCGGGGAGGCUGGCGCCUUUGAGAGUCCUGCUGCAUUCCGCAAAAAACUGGUGGGGGGAUGCCUGCCCUGUACCCCACUAUCCUCCUCAGCCCCGCUGCGAGCCUUACAGAGUUGUGUGAGUGGCUGCAACCCAAAAGCCAGUCAGGCCGGCAGCUCUACCUGCAGCUAUUGUAGCAGCGACCCCAUAGUUGUGACCUUCAACCCACGUCGGGGCGGCAAGCCCCCCGGGAUGGGCAGUGGUGUAGGGGCAAGGCACCCCAUGGGAGUAUUCCCCGCCGAUGAUGAUGAUUACAGCGUGCGCACAAUCUGGCCCGAGGAGCUUGGAAAAAAGAUGACCAGGUCUAAAACCCAACAGAACCACCAGAGCUGUGCCGGGAUGGGGAUAGGAGUGGGGAAGACAUGUGUGGGUCAGAACCAGAACAGCACCAACGGAACCAGCCCUGUCAUCCUGGACUGUAGGAACCUGUUGGAGUUCACCCGGAAUGAGAUAACAGACCACGCUGGCCGAUGCCGGCUUCAGCAGGGCAAGAUGGCCGUCCUAGAUUUUAUUGGGUCUGGGCCUGGGCGAGAUCCAGACCGGGACUCCCUAAAGAGGCUCUGGAACAAAGGUGGGGAGUCAGGAAAGGUGGAUGGCAUGGGGCAGGAAGACAAUAUGACAUACCCUCGCACCCCUUCCCCCCGCACCCCCUCUACCCAAUCCCCUCCUUCCUUCUCACCCCCACCGUCAGCUCCCAGCACUCUCCUCAAACCCAAACCCAGACAGAGAGAUGCAGAGGGACGCCAUUCCCUCCCCUCCGCCCAGUCCCUCCACCUGGUCCUAAACUCACUCAACAGAGAGCAGGACGAAGAGAGCGGCAGAGGUAAGGGUGUCAUGGUUUCUGUUUCAGUGUCUUAGUCUAUACGUCUGCAGAGGGUGUCAUACUCUGGUUUCUGUUUCAGUGUCUUAGUCUAUACGUCUGCAGAGGGUGUCAUACUCUGGUUUCUGUUUCUGUCUCUUAGUCUAUACUUCUCCAGAUUUUUGGUCCGUUGUGCAUUUUUGACAGAUUUUUUAAAAAUAUUUUUGGACACAGAUAGUUACAGAACAAAAAUCCCCAAUGGUAGAGACCAGCUUUAAUGUCUGACUGCAGAAAUGACCAUUUGUUCAAGCAAAUCUCUUUCAUCAUAUUCUUAUUCUCAUUACUGUCUCUUUCUCCACACCUAUCUUUUAAAUAUCAUUCCUUUCCCUGCCAAUCUCAUUUUAUAUGUUAUUCUAACAUGUUGGUUAUUUAAAAGGAACCUGAGGAUAAUGACUGUUAAUUAUAGCCUGGGCUCCAGCGUAAAAAGAGACAGAGAGGAGUGAAAUGGAGGGAGGGUGAUUGGAACGCAAAGAGAGCUGAUAAGAGCGGGAGAUUAGAAUAGCUGACACUGAACCCUGUCAGUGGGAGAUUAAGCUGUUCUCAUUUAAAUGACAAAGCCCCAGAAACCUAAGAUGUAUUCUCUAUUCUUAAUAGUUACAUAACUGUAGCCUCCUCCACUCUGUUAAGUGACUGCAGGAUGUGUUGAUGACAUACAGUAUAGCAUAAAGAAUCACACGUUUCAGAAGCUUUUUCAUGUCUGUACGUUUCCCUCCCUCUGUUAGGAGAACAUGUAUGAAAUGAUGAAAACAUUAGCAGUUCCUCAGAGCUGCAAACAUUUUUGCUCUGCAGGAGUAAAGUGAACGGCAAUGAUACUCCUACUCAACAAGAACCAUAAAUGAGAUAAAUUGUACACUUUCAUUGUCUCUCCUUCAUUCACACAUCUCUUCAAAACUCUUUCUAUCUCUGAUGUUUGAUUUAUAUUUUCUGUGUCUAACUCUGGUAUACUUCAGGGUGAAUGCCUGUCAGUGAUCCAAAUCAAAUAAAUUGUCAUUUCUCUAAGAGCAAUCUCUCACUGUGUUGUGUUGUCCUCUGCUCUCCCAGUGCACCUCACUCUGCCGCUCUCCUCCUCGCUCCCGGCCUCCCUGUCAGAUGAGAGUGGGAUGACCCCUGAUGUGGAGAAUGCGGUGGUCAGCCCCAUCCUACCCUUCCUCUUCCUGGGCAACGAGAGGGACGCCCAGGACCUGGACCUGCUGCUGCGCCUCAACAUCGGCUACGUGGUCAACGUCACCACACACCUGCCCCUCUACCACCUCGGCUCUGGCCUGGUGCGCUACAAACGGCUGCCGGCUACCGACAACAGCAAGCAGAACCUACGACAGUACUUUGAGGAGGUCUUUGAGUUCAUCGGUGAGUUGAGCAGUAUCUACCUCAGGGGUGUCAAACUCAUUUUGCCCCAGGGACUGGUCUUCUAUCCAUAGUUUUGGGAAUUGUCGAUGCUCCCAGACUGUCUACCUUGUCGAUGCUCCCAGCCUGAAUUAAAAAUGGAUUAAAUUGAGACGUUUUUGUCACUGGCCUACGCACAAUAUCCCAUAAUGUCAAAGUAGAGUUAUGUUUUUCUGCGUUUUCUGAAAUUAAUAGAAAAUGAAAAUCUGAAGUAUUCAACACCUUUGUUAUGGCAAGCCUAAAUAAGUUAAGGAGUAAAAAUUGCUUAACAAGUCACAUAAUAAGUUGCAUGGACAUGCAAUAAUAGUGUUUAACAUGAGUUUUUUAUGACUACCUCAUCUCUGUACCCCACACAUACAAUUAUCUGUAAGAUCCCUCAGUCGAGCAGUGAAUUUCAAACACAGAUUCAACCACAAAGACCAGGGAGGGUUCCCAGUGCCUCGCAAAGAAGGGCACCUAUUGGUAGAUUAUUAUUUUUUUAAGCAGACAUUGAAUAUCCAUUUGAGCGUGGUGAAGUUAUUCUUUACACUUUGGGUGGUGUAUCAAUACAUCCAGUCAUUGCAAAGAUACAGGCGUCCUUCCUAACUCAGUUGCGGUAGAGGAAGGAAUUCGCACAGGGAUUUCACCAUGAGGCCAAUGGUGACUUUAAAACAGUUACAGAGUUUAAUGGUUGUGAUAGGAAAAAACUGAGGCUGGAUCAACAACAUUGUAGUUACUCCAGAAUACUAACCUAAUUGACAGAGUGAAAAGAACGAAGCCUGUACAGAAUUAAAAUAUUCCAAAACAUGCAUCCUGUUUUCAACAAGGCACUAAAGUAAUACUGCAAAAAAUGUCCUGAAUACAAGGUGUUAUGUUUGGGGCAAAUCCAAUACAACAUAUUACUGAGUACCACUUUCCAUAUUUUCAAGCAUAGUGGAGGCUGCAUCAUGUUAUGGGUACGCUUGUAAUCAUUGAAUUCACCUUUCAGCAGGAUAUUAACCUAAAAUACAAGGCCAAAUCUACACUGGAGUUGCUUACCAAAAAGACAGUGAAUGUUCCUGAGUGGCCGAGUUACAGUUUUGACUUAAAUCUACUUGAAAAUCUAUGGCAAGACCUGAAAAUGGUUGUCUAGCAAUGAUCAACAACCAAUUUGACAGAACUUGAAUCAUUUUAAAAAGAAUAAUGGGCAAAUGUUGCACAAUCCAGGUGUGGAAAGCUCUUAGAGACUUACCCAAAAAGACUCACAGUUGUUAUCGCUGCCAAAGGUGCUUCUACAAAGUAUUGACUCAGGGAUGUGAAUACUUACAGUUGAAGUCGGAAGUUUACAUACACUUAGGUUGGUGUCAUUAAAACUCGUUUUUCAACCACACACAUUUCUUGUUAACGAACUAUAGUUUUGGCAAGUCGGUUAGGACAUCAACUUUGUGCAUGACACAAGUAAUUUUUCCAACAAUUGUUUACAGACAGAUUAUUUCACUUAUAAUUCACUGUAUCACAAUUCCAGUGGGUCAGAAGUUUACAUACACUAAGUUGACUGUGCCUUUAAACAGCUUGGAAAAUUCCAGAAUAUUAUGUCAUGGCUUUAAAAGCUUCUGAUAGGCUAAUUGACAUAAUUUGAGUCAAUUGGAAGUGUACCUGUGGAUGUAUUUCAAGGCCUACCUUCAAACUCAGUGCCUCUUUGCUUGACAUCAUGGGAAAAUCCAAAGAAAUCAGCCAAGACCUCAGAAAAAAAUGGUAGACCUCCACAAGUCUGGUUCAUCCUUGGGAGCAAUUUCCUAACGCCUGAAGGUACCACGUUCAUCUGUACAAACAAUAGUAUGCAAGUAUAAACACCAUGGGACCACGCAGCCGUCAUACCGCUCAAGAAGGAGACGCGUUCUGUCUCUUGGAGAUGAACAUACUUUGGUGCGAAAAGUGCAAAUCAAUCCCAGAACAACAGCAAAGGACCUUGUGAAGAUGCUGGAGGAAACAGGUGCAAAAGUAUGUUCAUCUUUGGCCAUAAUGACCAUCGUUAUGUUUGGAGGAAAAAGGGGGGUCAUGCAAGCUGAAGAACACCAUCCCAACCGUGAAGCACGGGGGUGGCAGCAUCAUGCUGUGGUGGUGCUUUGCUGCAGGAGGGACUGGUGCACUUCACAAAAUAGAUGGCAUCAUGAGGAAGGAAAAUUAUGUGAAUAUAUUGAAGCAACAUCUCAAGACAUCAGUCAGGAAGUUAAAGCUUGAUUGCAAAUGGGUCUUCCAAAUGGACAAUGACCCCAAGCAUACUUCCAAAGUUGUGGCAAAAUGGCUUAAGGACAACAAAGUCAAGGUAUUGGAGUGGCCAUCACAAAGCCCUGACCUCAAUCCCAAUGAAAAUGUGUGGGCAGAACUGAAAAUGCGUGUGCGAGCAAGGAGGCCUACAAACCUGACUCGGUUACACCAGCUCUGUCAGGAGGAAUGGGCCAAAAUUCACCCAACUUAUUGUGGGAAGCUUGUGGAAGGCUAUCCGAAACGUUUGACCCAAGUUAAACAAUUUAAAGGCAAUGCUACCAAAUACUAAUUGAGUGCAUGUAAACUUCUGACCCACUUUAGAUGUGAUGAAAUAAAUAAAAGCUGAAAUAAAUCAUUCUCUCUACUAUUAUUCUGACAUUUCUCAUUCUUAAAAUAAAGUGGUGAUCCUAACUGACCUAAAACAGGGACUUUUUACUAGGAUUAAAUGUCAGGAAUUGUGAAAAACUGAGUUUAAAUGUAUUUGGCUAAGGUGUAUGUAAACUUCCGACUUCAACUGUAUGUAAAUGAGAUAUUUCUGUAUUUCAUUUUCAAUACAUUUGCAAAAAUGUCUAAAAACAUGUUUUCACUUUGUCAUUGUAUAGUAUUGUGUGUAGAUGGGUGAGAAUUGUUAUUUAUUUAAUCCAUUUUGAAUUCUGGCUGUAACACAACAAAAUGUGGAAUAAGUAAAGGGGUGUGAAUACUUUCUGAUCGCACUGUACAUGUAUAUACUGUAGAUCAUUUUUUUACUCAAAACACCCGUGGGUUGGAUUGGAACCCCUAAUCUACCUUCAUUUUCUAUCGCACUCACUAUCCCCGUUCCUGUCUUUUGGUAUUUUUCUCUCUGAGCUUAGAAUCUUUGAAACUUGAAGUAUUUUAGCACUGAGAUAAGAAGCGGAUCAUGAUGAUUUCUAUGUGAAGUCUUUCCUCUGAUCUCUUUCUCCUAUUUCAAAGUUUUGUGACUGGAGAGACAUUUAGGGAGCUAUAAAUGGAUCAAGGGAAGAUGGGAGAACUGGAGAGUCAGAUCCAGAAAAAGCUGUGGAGUAGAUGAAUUCCAGCAAUCAUCCUUGACAGGAAUCUGAUAGCCACCUCUUUUCAUCCACAGAGGAGGCUCACCAGAGUGGGCGAGGAGUGUUGAUUCAUUGUCAAGCGGGCGUGUCCCGCUCGGCAACCAUCGUCAUCGCCUACCUGAUGAAGCACACCCUUAUGACCAUGACUGAUGCCUACAAGUAUGUGCGAGGCCGUCGUCCUGUGGUGUCUCCCAACCUCAACUUCAUGGGUCAGCUACUGGAGUUUGAGAGGGACCUCAACUCCGGUGUCACUCCUCGCAUCCUGACCCCCAAACUCAGCGGCCUUGAGACCCAGGUCUGA